AUGCUGCCACCACCUGACAUUAAUAUCUCAAUCGACCGUGGAGGGACAUUCUGCGAUGUCCUCGUCCAAGUCCCCGAAAGGGAAGAACUUGUCUUCAAACUACUUUCCGAGGACCCGCAGAACUACCGAGAUGCACCGACAGAGGCCAUUCGCAGAGCCCUGGAGAUUAUCGAAGGCAGAGAAAUCCCUAUUGGAGAGAAGCUUGAUGGCUCCAGAAUUGCAUCAUGUCGCGUCGGUACGACGAUCGCCACAAACGCUCUGUUAGAAGGGAAGGGCAGGAAAUUCGCUUUCAUCACCACCAAGGGAUUCCGAGAUAUUUGCGUUAUAGGUGACCAGUCGCGACCAAAGCUGUUUGCGCUCAAGGUGCGCAAGGCCGAGGCAUUGCACUCCAAGGUUGUCGAGAUCAAUGAGCGAGUCACCAUUGAGGAUUAUGACCUUAACCCCUUUCCACUGGAUAAGUCGAGGGAGAUUAGAGACCCCAAUCUUGUUCGCACAGUAAGCGGCGAGAUUGUGCGUAUUUUGAAGCCAAUAGAUCUAGAAGAGGCUCGACAAGCUCUUGAGAAUCUCAGAGCAGAUGGGUAUACGUCUGUGGCUAUCGCUUUUAUGCACUCUUACGUUUAUCCAAAUCACGAAGAUCAGGUAGCUGCGCUGGCAAAGGAAAUGGGCUUUGACUAUGUCACCACAUCGCAUGAAACUAGUCCUGUUAUAAAGUUUGAGCAACGUAGUAGCUCAGUCUGCUCUGAAGCCUACCUGUUUCCAAUCGUCAAAGAUUACGUCGCGGCAUUUGAAUCUGGGUUCAGCACACUACCUCGAAAGGUUGAGUUCAUGAGUUCUGAUGGCGGUCUGCGACAGGCUGUGAAGUUCCGAGGCAAUGAGGCCUUGUUGAGUGGACCUGCAGGAGGAGUGGUCGGUAUCGCCCGGACGUGCUUUGACAACGAGGAAAAGACCCCUGUGCUUGGAUUUGAUAUGGGCGGGACUAGUACGGAUGUUUGUCGUUACGACGGCAAAUAUGACUAUCUUACCGAGACAGUGGUGGCAGGCAGAAAGAUCAUUACCCCCAUGCUCAAUAUAGCCACAGUUGCCGCGGGUGGUGGUUCAAUGCUCUUUGCUCGUCAUGGUCUCUUUGCGGUAGGCCCUGAAAGUGCAGGGGCACACCCAGGACCAGCUUGUUAUCGCAAAGGGGGACCCUUGACUGUGACUGAUGCCAAUCUGUUCCUGGGACGCUUAGUCCCGUCCUCGUUCCCAGCGAUAUUUGGACCUGGAGCAAACAUGCCCUUGGACUAUGAUAUCACUCGAACGAAAUUUGAAGAAAUCACGCGUGAAGUCAAUACGCAGACUUCGCAGAAUCUCAUUCCAGAAGAAGUCGCUCUGGGAUUUCUUGAUAUUGCGAACGAAACGAUGAGCCGUCCUAUGCGUAAUGCCACCGAAGUUCGCGGAUUUGCUCCAAGUGCUCAUGCCCUUGCUAGCUUUGGUGGUGCCGGCGGACAGCACGCGUGUGCCAUUGCUGACAAGCUUGGGAUUGAGAGGAUAAUCAUCCAUAAAAACUCCUCGAUUCUGUCAGCAGUGGGCAUCUCACAAGCCGAGCUACAACUUGAAACAUCUGCGCCAUUUGCAGGUACAUUUUCAUUGGAGAUUCUUCCCCGUCUUGAAGCCCAGAUACAGACGCUGAAGGAUAAAGUGCAAAAGGAGCUGAUAGUUCAGGGUGCUUCGGCAGGCGAUAUUGAAUACGAAGAGUCACUCAGCAUGAGAUAUAUUGGUACAGACACCAAUAUGACCAUAGUUAAGCCAGGCGAUAGUGACUACGGAAAGAGCUUUGUGCAGACACAUCUUCGUGAAUUUGCCUUCGUCUUGAGUCGCGAUAUUGCAGUAGACUCCAUCAAGGUACGGGGAGUCGGCCGCAAUCAUACCUCAGACACGAAAGUUUCGCCUUAUGUGCAGGUGCAGAAGCUCAAGAAGAGAGAUCAAUACAUACACUCGUCUAGUACACAGCGCGUCUAUAUUGACAAUGGAUGGCAGAAUGCCCCAAUCUACCACCUCAACAGUCUUUCACGUCCCAGCAAGCUGCAUGGCCCUGCUCUCAUCAUCGAUGCCACCCAGACUAUAUUUGUUGCACCAUUAUUUGAUGCUUACAUCCUAGAAAACCAUGUGAUUCUAGAAAAGUCGAGAAACCAGGUUCCCGAUGCAUCUUUGGGAGAGGAUGAAACUAUCAAUCCGAUCCAACUCUCUAUUUUCUCGCAUCGUUUCAUGUCUAUCGCGGAGCAAAUGGGCAACACUCUACAACGAACCUCCAUUUCAACCAGUAUCAAGGAACGACUGGACUUCUCCUGUGCCAUCUUUUCGCGAGAAGGUAGGCUAGUUGCUAAUGCCCCACAUAUCCCAAUUCACCUAGGUAGUAUGCAAUACGCCAUACAAUAUCAGCACCGCCUUUGGGACGGGAAGCUGAAGCCCGGCGAUGUACUUUUAAGCAAUCACCCAGAAGCAGGAGGUACACAUCUGCCUGAUCUUACUGUGAUUACUCCUGUCUUUAUACAGGACGGGGACUGCCAAACCCUGGCCUUCUACGUCGCGGCUCGCGGACAUCAUACUGAUAUCGGUGGACGCGGGAUCACCUCUAUGAUGCCUGAGUCGAAAGAGCUAUGGGAAGAGGGCAUUAACGUCCGGUCCAUGAAGAUCGUCGACAGUGGGACCUUCCUAGAGGAAGACGUGCGACAAGCAUUUUUGGAUGCAGGCAAUUUUCCCGGUUGCAGUCCAACCCGUCGUUUGCAAGACAACAUCUCUGACAUAAAAGCACAAAUCUCGUCUAAUCAGCGGGGAAUAGUUCUCCUGCAGAAGCUUUGUCGGGAGUUUACCUUACCCAUUGUCCAUAAAUACAUGCAUGCGAUUCAGGCCAACGCAGAGGUAGCGGUAAGGAAGUACUUGAAAGGAGUUGCUCAGACACGAGAAAUGCCAUUGACAGCGACGGAUUAUUUCGACGACGGCACAAUGCUCAAAGUCUCGAUCACCAUCGAUGAUACAGGGAGUGCUAUAUUCGAUUGGGAGGGUACUGGACCGCAGAUGUGGGGAAAUUAUAACUGCCCAAUCUCUAUCACGCAUUCUGCAAUCAUCUACACGAUACGAUGUUUAAUUGACGAGGAUAUUCCCCUUAAUGACGGCUGUCUCGCCCCCAUCACUAUCAAGAUCCCAAAGGGGUCCAUCCUACGGCCGAAUGCCAACGUUGCCAUCUGCGGUAGCACACUGGCCAGUCAAAGAGUGAUAGAUACGAUUCUACGCGCAUUCAACUGUGUCGCGGCCUUCUCCGGUUGCGCUAACAGCUUUGGUUGGGGUAUGGGUGGAAAGAAUCCUCAUACUGGUGUUAUCGAACCAGGAUGGAACUACGGAGAAACCGUUGGAGGUGGAUGUGGCGCUGGACCGAGUUGGGAUGGUGAGCAUGCCAUCCAAGCACAUUCUACCAACACCAAGAUUACAGAUCCAGAGGUCGUGGAGAAGAGGACGCCUGUGAUUAUUCGUCAACAUGCUAUCAGACAUGGAUCCGGUGGUUUAGGAGAGUAUUGUGGUGGCAAUGGUGCAGUCCGCGAAAUUGAAGCUCGGGUACCCUUGAAAUUCAGCAUCUUAAGUGACCGCCGAAUCUAUCAUCCCUACGGUAUGAACGGAGGAGAGCCCGGGGAUGUAGGCAGGAAUUACGUUUUUAAAUGGAACGAAGACAAGACUGUCCUUGAGAAGCUCUCCAUUGGUGGUAAAGCUGCUCUAGGCUUGGAUGCUGGGGAAAUCAUGCAGAUAAAUAGUCCAGGAGGUGGAGGUUGGGGAAGGAUACGGCCACGUCAAUGUCAAUCAGGGCUAGAAGUGGGUGUGGAUGAGCCCAAACCCUAA